UUAGUCACUAUUGAGAUUGAGUCGAAGCAACACACUUUAAAGUUUAGCUUUAUUUUUUUUAUUCAUUCAUUUGAGACUUUGAUCAUCUGUUUUCUGGAAGAAAGAUGUCGCUGAGAUUAAUCUUAAUAUCGUGCCUUCUGGCAAUUGUAGCAGUUAAUUGUGAGACGCCUAAUGAUCUAAAAAUUGACGUAGUAUACAAGCCAGAAGAAUGCAGUAGCAUUUCAAAAAGUGGUGAUAUGUUAACAAUGCACUACACUGGCACAUUGACUGACGGAAAGAAAUUUGAUUCAAGUUAUGACAGGGACCAACCAUUCACAUUCCAACUUGGAGCAGGACAAGUCAUCAAAGGUUGGGAUCAAGGACUUCUUGAUAUGUGUGUUGGUGAGAAGAGAAAAUUGACAAUUCCACCAAAUCUUGGCUAUGGUGAUCGUGGAGCUGGAAAUGUGAUUCCAGGCGGUGCUACUCUCUUGUUUGAUGUUGAACUCAUAAACAUUGGAGAUUCUCCACCAACAACGAAUGUUUUCAAAGAAAUUGAUGAUAACAAAGAUUUACAAUUGAGCCGUGAUGAGGUGAGUGAAUAUCUUAAGAAGCAAAUGACUGCUGUUGAGGGACAAGACUCAGAUGAAAUUAAAAAUAUGUUGGCUGAACACGAUAAGCUCGUGGAAGAAAUUUUCCAACAUGAAGAUAAGGACAAGAAUGGCUUCAUCUCUCAUGAAGAGUUUUCAGGGCCAAAGCAUGAUGAAUUAUAGAAGAUGUCUCAACAAUUAUUUGUGUUAAAAAUGACUUAAACAAGACCACAUUUAGUUGAUUUACUUGUUCUUUAAGAAUUAUGUUAUUUUUCUUGUUGAAUUAAAAAUAUUUAGUUCUCUUCAUAUAUUUGUAAUUUAUUGAAGCGUGCGCUGCUGUCAUUUAAUUCCUCUUACAUAUUUUUUCAUUAAACAUUUGAAAUUCAACCAAAUGUAUUAACGACUCAAUCGAAAGGUGACUUAAUCACUUCACUAAACAUAUCACGAAACAUUUUUAAUGUGGUAAACUUUUUGCUACUCACGAAGAACAUUAGGAUCGAUUUUUUAAAAUGAAUAAAUGAUUGAAAAGAAGUAUCGAUAAAAACAGUAGAAAAUAUUUAGAUUAUUAUAAAGUCUAUAAUUUUUCGAUUUGAACAAUAAAAAUAUUCAUUAGAAAACUUUAAA